AUGGCGGUGGUAGGGAGUCUGACGGCUCACCAGCGUUGGAUACUGAUGGCAGUGAAAGGAGGAGCGUCAACAUCUUUUCUUUGGACUACUACCAUUGCUUUUACACUUCAUCGCACUGUUGUUAAACACAAGACAGAUGUUGAAGAUCUUGAGGCCAUGUUUCACUUGUAUGUUUGGGGAACUUCAUUGGUGCUGACUGUAAUUCGCUCCAUUGGUAAUGACCACAGGCAUUUUGGUGGAUGGUGCUUGACACAAACAGGGAGGACAAGAAAGGCUGUUGAAUUCAUAACAUUUUAUGCACCGCUCUGGGGUGCAAUUCUUUACAAUGGAUUUACCUACUUUCAAGUCAUACGCAUGCUAAACAAUGCAACACGAAUGGCAGUUGGAAUUUCAGACCAAGCAUAUCAAUCUGAUGCAAGAUUAGACAAGAAGGCAUUGAACCGGUGGGGAUACUAUCCACUCAUCUUAAUAGGAUCGUGGGCUUUUGGCACUAUCAAUAGCUUUCAUGAUUUUAUAGAACCAGGCCACAAAAUCUUUUGGCUCUCUGUUCUUGAUGUUGGGACAGCUGCACUAAUGGGUCUUUUCAACUCAAUUGCGUAUGGCCUGAACUCUUCAGUGCGGCGGGCAAUAUAUGAAAGAUUGGAUCUGGUAUGGCCAGAGAGUCUUCAGAGAUUGUUCCCUGGCAGUUUAAAAUCUAGAGGUCAAUUUCAAGAGAGUGAACUAAUCGCAUUGAGGAUUGAAGAUCAGCAUUAA